CAGGCAGCUGGAUGGAAAUCAGCUCAACGGCUCCCUGCCCUGGUCCCUGGGGGACCUAACCAACCUGCAAAUCCUCAAUCUGGGCGGCAAUCAGUUCGAAGGCAUGGUGCCAGAGUCGAUCACAAAACUCAAGCACCUUCACACUCUUCGACUGGAGCGCAACGGAUUUUCCAACUCCCUGCCUGCAAACUUCUCAGCGCUCACCAAUCUCAGCCUCUUUUUCGCCAACAACAACUCCUUCACAGGCGCUCUGCCGCCCUUCUUUGGCAGCAUGACCAAGCUACAGCAGCUAAAGCUCUACUCCAACCCCAUGGAAGGGUCGCUGCCGGAGUCCUUCUCGCAGCUCAAGAACCUCACCCACCUCCAUCUAACGGACAUGGGUCUGUCUGGCCCCUUCCCUGACUCGUGGGGGCACAUGACGAGCCUUCAGUACUUCCAUUUGAGUCACAACAAUGUCUCGGGCACACUUCCAAUCUCUCUGGGGCAACUCACCAACCUUGUUGAACUGUCUGUCGACCACAAUCCGUUUCUGCAGGGCAAGCUGCCGCCCUGCUGGGCCACCGUUCAGUCCCUCGGCAUUCU